CGUAAUCGGUGAACGCAUUAACAUAAAUACUCGAGAAGAGAGAGACGACGUUUCAUUUUUUCCUUGAGAAUCUCUAAUCCCUCUCAACUCGAUUGCGCAGUAGAAGAGUGCUUUCGCCAUCUCCGAGAAACUCGUUGCAGCGUCACGACCAGUUGGAGAAAAUGUCUUCGAGAGGAAAAAGGAAAGACGAGGAUGUCAGAGCAUCAGAUGACGAAUCUGAAUCUCACGCGCCGGCUAAGAAAGUCGCAAAGCCAGCAGACUCCUCCGACGAGUCUGACGACAUCGUCGUCUGCAACAUAUCUAAGAAUAGGAGAGUCUCUGUGAGGAAUUGGAACGGGAAGAUUUGGAUUGACAUUCGUGAGUUUUAUGUCAAGGACGGAAAGACUUUGCCUGGCAAGAAAGGUAUCUCUCUAAGCGUGGAUCAGUGGAACACUCUUCGAAACCAUGCAGAGGAUAUCGAGAAGGCCCUCUCUGAUCUUUCUUAGGUUUUAAACUUGUAUAAUUGGUUGUACGUCUAUUAGAAGAUGGCUCAGGUGUUUUGGUUGUUUUUGUAGAACAACACCAUAUUCUGCUAGUUUAAGCUGCUUCAAAUUAGUUGGUGUAUCGAACCCUUCACUUUUGGUUCAGACAAGCUUUGGUUGGUAUUAAGAAUGGUUGCUCUUUUAUUUGCUGCUGUUGAAUUUGCAAAUUAAGAGACGUUGUUUUUGGAAUCGAAGUAUUCAUUUGAUAAAUUAUAAACAAGAUAGGUCUAA